CACAUGUGGGCUGUUAAGGCUCUGCCCUGCUGUAUUCUCUGCUCUAGAAUCCUAAAUUUAGACGCUGUCAUGUUUGAUCAGUUGAAGACUCAUUGGAAGGGGAGCACCGAACUCUAGUCAAGUGGGGUAUGGCAGCGUGCCGGUAGAGCACUGGAUGUCCAUCGAGCUAAUGCAAUGGCCUUUCUUAACAACGUUGACAGUGAAAUGGACCUGGAACAGUUUCACCGUAUUCCCUAUUCUAACGUUAAAUCCGUUAGGACUGAGAAAAUAGAACAGGAGAAAUUAUCCGGUGUAGUGAAGAAUGUCCACCGAAAACUUCGGAGGAAAUAUGUUGAAGUGGGUGACUUUGAGAAGAUUUGGCGCGAGCACUGUGAAGAUGAGCUAACUCUCAGUGAGUAUGCUGUGGCCAUGAAGAAUCUUGCUGAUAACUGCUGGACUAAAAAUUGUGAAGGAGAAGUUCGCAUUGAAUGGUGUCGCAGUAUUUGUCAAGACUAUUUUCUUGAUGGUGGAAUGAAGAGAAUGCUGGAGAAAGAUGAGAAAAGUACAAAGUAUGCCUUUUGUGGGUCUGCUGUAAAUGCCCAGACUCGCUCCUCUUCCAGGUCAGCUCUCCAUUCAGGGAAGAUUCGUCUGUUAGAUGUGGGAAGCUGUUUUAACCCAUUUCUGAAAUUUGAUGAAUUUCUCACAGUUGGUAUUGACAUAGUGCCUGCAGUUGAGAGUGUGUACAAGUGUGACUUCCUGAACCUGCAGCUGCAGCAGCCCCUGCAGUUGGCCCCUGAUGCGGUGGAGGCCUUUUUACAGCAGCUCCAGGGCCCCAUCGAGGCGCUGCCAGCUCAGCUCUUUGAGGUGGUGGUCUUCUCUCUGCUCCUGUCUUACUUCCCCUCUCCAUACCAGCGCUGGAUCUGCUGCAAGAAGGCCCAUGAGCUGCUCAACCUAAAUGGCCUUCUACUAAUCAUCACACCAGACUCCUCCCACCAGAACCGCCACGCCCCCAUGAUGCGCAGCUGGCGUAUCGCCGUGGAGUCACUGGGCUUCCGCCGCUACAAGUAUGCCAAGUCAUCCCACAUGCACCUCAUGGCCUUCCGCAAGGUGUCUCUGACAACCACCAGCGACCUGGUGAGUUGUAAUUACCCCGAGAUGCUCUACAUCCCUCAGGACUUCCAUAGCCCAGAGCAGGAAGAGCUUGAAGGGGUUGUGGACAUCCGGUCAGACCUGGAGGAUGACCAGUUAGCUCUUGGCUUUACGGAGCUGCCAGACAUGCCAUACGACUCAGACUCUGGGGACAGCCAGAGCAGCAGUGCCCCACUUCAUGAGCUGGAGGACCCAGUCUUGCUCCAGAAUUAGAACACUCGUACUCCCCAUUCCUCCCCAUCUUUCUCCUGUCCUUCCCUUCUGCCAGCCUGACGAGACAGACCUGCUGCCAAAUUAACUCUUCUCACUCCUACGCACACGUCCCUGUAAUGGUUUUGUACAAAACAAUGCAGUUUGCACAAUGGAAGAGAAUGUGUUUACAGACUAUGAGUUCUUCGUCUCGGCCCCUUACGCAUUCCCUUUUUUUUUUUUAAAGCUGUGGCUCAGGUUUGAAGUUUUGGAAAGCUGGUCCUUCAUAUAUCCUAUCAGAAGAACAUUGGUCAUUUCCCUAAUAUUUAGCCUGUGCUUAUUGAGGCCUGCCACUUCUCCCAGUAAGGAACUCUUUCUGAGCAUUGGAGCACUAGAGCACGGUCAUGUGGUUCUACCAUGUCACAAGUGUUCUAGAGGCACUGCAGGUUUACUUUGUUUAAAGCUGGAGAAUGGUCAGCAUGUCUGCUGUGUUGGAAGGGGUUGCUUGCCAGAACUAUUCCUGGUUAGGAGAAAAUAAUAGAAUUGCAAUUUAAAAAUAGAGAGUUCCACCAGCAUUUUAAAGAUAUGGUAAACUUUUUAGUAAGAUGGUUGGUUUUUCACGUUUUAUUUUCAGUACAGUACAAGUUUCAUUACAGGCGUAGUGUGGAUUAAUUGAGGUUGCCACGUGUUUGCACAAGUGUUACUUGAUGAAAGAACUUGAUUCUUUUCAGGCAUUUUGUUUCUUUGCUCAAAAACCUAAUUGAGGCAAAUAAUUGAAUGUGUAUCAAACAGUGGGCUGUGGGCUGUUGGUCAGCCAGCUUAGAAAUGUGAAGAAUUCUAAUGUGAUGGUACCUUUUUAAAGAGAAAUCAUUUCAUGAAACAUCAUCAUUUUGGUGUAGUUCUGAGAGAUUUGUCGAUGAGUAGCACACCAAACUUUGUUGGACUUCAGGACGAGUAGGAUGAGGUGAAGACUGAUGGGAGACCCUGUAGUGAGUUUUAUGUAGCCAAUAGACAAUGGAGACUAGAGGGGGUGGGGAAACCCAGGCAAGACAUCAUCAUUGUUGUUGUUGUUGUUUAAAACUGUAUUUUAGCUUUAGAUGAAUUUUUUUAUUGGUUUGACAAAAUUAGAUUUUAGAAAAGAGUACACCAAAUUACAAAACUACUUCCUUAGUGAAAUGGUUGCCAAGCCGUAGGUUGGCCCUUUGAUUUCUGUCAAA